CCAUGAGUAUAAGGCAAAAGUUAUGCCAAAGCUCAGUGGGUGAGGAAGUCCCUUGUAGAACGGAUCGUUGGAAUUAAAUAGCGACAAAAUGUGGAUCGCUGUGCUGGGAACACCACUUUUGUUGGUGGCCCUUUGGCUUCUGCUUAAACAGCUAAAUAAAACAUACUUUAUUCUUUCAUUGAGUAAACGAGUGCGAACGGAGGAUGGCAGUCCAUUGGAGAGCAAAGUGGCCGUAAUUCCCGGAAAAACGCGAUUUGGCAACAAUUUGGAUCUUCUAAACUUUACGCCUGCAACUGUUUUUAGCUUUAUGCGAGAAUCCACUGCCAAGGCCAAAGGCCGAAAUUAUUUGUGGUAUUUCCUAUACGCACCCAUGUAUAAUGUGGUUCGGGCAGAGGAGGCUGAGGAGAUAUUCCAGAGCACCAAGCUGAUAACCAAGAAUGUGGUCUACGAACUGAUUAGACCUUUUCUAGGUGACGGCCUUUUGAUUAGCACCGACCAUAAAUGGCACUCCAGAAGAAAAGCCUUGACACCGGCUUUUCAUUUUAAUGUACUACAGUCUUUCUUAGCUAUUUUCAAAGAGGAGUGCAACAAGUUAAUCAAAGUUCUUGACAAAAAUGUAGACGGCGAGCUGAAUCUGAACCAUGUUAUUCCACAGUUUACUUUAAAUAAUAUAUGCGAAACCGCUUUGGGUGUAAAGCUGGAUGACAUGUCAGAGGGAAAUGAAUACAGAAAGGCCAUACAUGCUAUCGAAGAGGUUCUGAUACAACGCGUUUGCAACCCGCUGAUGUAUUACAACUGGUACUUCUUCCUUUACGGAGACUAUCGCAAACAUGCGGAGAAACUUCGGAUUGUCCACGACUUCUCAAGUCGCAUUAUUGAACGCAAAAGGCAGCAGUUCCAGCAAAAGCAACUUGGGGAAGUGGAUGAAUUCGGCAAGAAGCAACGAUAUGCCAUGUUAGAUACCCUCUUAGCAGCCGAAGCAGAGGGUCAGAUCGAUCAUCAGGGAAUCUGCGACGAGGUCAACACUUUUAUGUUUGAGGGAUACGAUACCACAUCCACAUGUUUGAUCUUCACUCUACUCAUGUUGGCCCUGCAUGAGGAUGUUCAGCAGCGUUGCUAUGAAGAGGUCGAAAACCUCCCUGAGGACGGUGAUGAGAUCAGUGUGUUCCAAUUCAACGAAUUAGUCUAUUUGGAGUGCGUGAUCAAGGAAUCGCUGAGGAUGUUUCCCUCGGUUCCCUUCAUUGGACGCCAAUGUGUGGAGGAGAGUGUGGUGAAUGGAAUGGUGAUGCCUAAGGACACCCAGAUCAGCAUCCACAUCUACGACAUAAUGAGGGAUCCUCGUCACUUCCCGAAGCCAAAUCAGUUUCAACCGGAGCGCUUUCUGCCGGAGAACACAGUGAACAGGCAUCCUUUUGCCUUUGUGCCUUUUAGUGCUGGUCAAAGAAAUUGCAUUGGUCAGAAGUUUGCCAUUCUGGAGAUGAAAGUACUCCUGGCAGCGGUUAUCAGGAAUUUUAAACUGCUGCCCGCCACUUAUUUGGAGGAUCUUACUUUUGAAAACGGAAUCGUACUACGCACGCAGCAGAAUAUCAAUGUGAAAUUGGCGAAAAGGGUCAAAUAGUGAUAUAUUAAAUAAGAAAAAAAUGUUUACCAAAGAUGUUUAAAUUUGUAAAAUCUUAAAAGAAAAAAAAUAAAAUGUACUACAAG